AUGUUCAAAAAAUUCGACGAAAAGGAAAGUGUCUCGGGAGUUCAACAAUUGAAGUCCUCGGUCCAGAAGGGUAUUCGGGCGAAGCUUAUAGAGCAGUUUCCCACCAUCGAAAACCACAUCGAUCUAGUGUUGCCGAAGAAGGAUGCUUUCCGGAUAGUUAAAUGUCACGAUCAUAUUGAACUGUUAAUCAAUGGCGCAGGCGAGCAAGUUUUCUUCCGGCACAGAGAUGGCCCAUGGAUGCCGACGCUGAAGCUGUUCCAUCGGUUUCCAUUCUUUCUACCCAUGGAGCAGGUGGACAAGGGUGCUAUCCGGUUUGUGCUGAGUGGGGCUAACAUUAUGUGUCCGGGUCUGACGUCACCAGGCGCCUGCAUGACCAAGGUGGACAAGGGAACGGUAGUGGCAAUAAUGGCCGAAGGCAAGCAGCACGCAUUAGCUAUUGGGCUGACUGCACUGUCGACAGAUGAUAUUGCCAAAGUAAACAAGGGCGUCGGCGUGGAAAAUUGCCACUAUCUCAACGACGGGCUAUGGCAGAUGAAACCGAUUAAAUAA